GUUCUUCUGUGUCGAGGCCUGGAGGUUCCAUUAUUUUUGUUGCAGGGGCAUAUUGGAAAGCGCUGAGAAGUUCAGACUAAACUGAGGAGUCAGAGAACUAAUCUACGAUGUGCUGACAACAUGAUGAAUCUCGAGGUUCUCUUCAUUCCGCAGAUUUGACCGGAAAUAACACUCAGAGACAUAUAGCAACGAUGCAUGCAGACACAACCGUGCUAAACCAUAUCAGACCUGAUGGCUCUAAGUACCUGGCACGUUGUGGAAUACAAUGCCACAAGCGGCGAUGUUAUUGAGAAGCGCAGACAGCAAGGAUACUCCGAUACCAGCACCUGGGCUCGUGGGCAAGCAUGGGCGAUCUACGGGUUUGCGAACAGUACGUCUAGGUCAUGAAUUGGCUGGAUGCAUGUGUGCAACAUUUCUGCUUCCCUCAUUUUCCCUCCAAAUGUCCCCUGGCCCCAUUCUUCUUUUAUUACCUGUACAGUAGGGUCAUACAUCUACGGGAUUUUUUUACAAGAUGUGAGGUUUGUCAAA